AUGCAGUUCAAGAGCAUCAUCGCCGUCCUGGCCACUGUCGGCUUCGCCAUGGCCACCGCGGACGAGGGCGACAUCACCACGACGUCGACCCAGACGCUGACCAAGACGGUUACCAUCACUGAGUGCAACCCGACGGCGACCAACUGCCCUGGCCGCACCUCCACCACCACCUCCACCUCCACCACCUGGGCCUCCUUCCCGCUGUCCAACUCGACCAGCAGCACCGGCCCCACCGCCAGCUCCUCCUUCAUCAUCCCCAGCUCCGCCUACACCACCCCGACCUCGGGCAGCGGCGGCGACGAGGACACUCCUUCCCAGACCACCAGCGCGAGCUCCACGGCCUCGACCGCCGCUGCUGCUGGCCUGUUCGUCCAGCCCGCCGUGUUCCUUGGUGUUCUCGGUGCCGGUGCCGCUCUCCUCGCUUAA